CUUCCGGCGCGGCCCGGAAGUGGUGGUGUUGAGGGGCAGCGAUGGCGGACCUGGUGGCGCUGGAGGAGCUCGCCAAGCUCGAGUACCUGUCGCUGGUCUCCAAGGUGUGCACGGAGCUGGACAACCACCUGGGCAUCAACGACAAGGACUUGGCCGAGUUUGUCAUAAGCCUUGCUGAGAAAAACACUACGUUUGACACGUUUAAAGCUGUUCUUCUGAAGAAUGGUGCUGAAUUCACAGAUUCCCUUAUUAGUAAUCUGCUCCGUCUCAUACAGACAAUGCGGCCUCCAUCGAAACCAUCUACAAGCAAAGAGGCCGUUGUCAAACCCAAAUCAGAAAAGGAAAGGUUGAAGGAGUUGUUUCCAGCUCUUUGCAGGCCGGACAAUCCCAACAUCAGGAAUAUGCUGGAUGAAGAUGAUGUGAAAGUGGCAGCUGAUGCGCUUAAAGAACUUGAAGCUCUAAUGCCUAGUGCAGACAGGCAAGGCAAACAAAGGAACAGUGACCACCGGACAAAGAAGAAGAGGAGGAGCCGAAGCCGUAGCAGGGACAGGAGACGAAGGCACAGAUCUCGCUCUAGGUCUCGUUCUAGGACUCGGGAUAGGAACAGGGGAAAAUCCAGAUACCGCUCACGGAGCAGGAGUCGGAGUCCUAGUAGGGACCGGAGGGAUCGAGAUAAAUACCUUGAAAAGGGCAAUGAGAGAUGGAGGGACAAGCACGUAGACCGUCCACCGCCUGAGGAGCCUUCCAUCGGAGACAUUUAUAAUGGGAAAGUCACGAGUAUAAUGCAGUUUGGGUGCUUUGUGCAGCUGGAAGGACUAAGGAAGCGCUGGGAGGGCUUGGUCCACAUCUCAGAGCUUCGAAGAGAAGGACGGGUUGCCAAUGUUGCCGAUGUUGUGAGCAAAGGACAAAGAGUAAAAGUCAAAGUGUUAUCCUUUACUGGAUCCAAAACCAGCCUGAGCAUGAAGGAUGUUGAUCAAGAUACUGGGGAAGACUUGAAUCCAAACCGGAGGAGGAACCUGGUUGGAGAAACCAACGAAGAAACUUCUAUGAGAAACCCAGACAGACCCAGCCACCUGUCCCUGGUGAAUGCCCCGGAGGUGGAGGAUGAUACCCUGGAACGGAAACGCCUCACCCGAAUUUCAGACCCAGAGAAAUGGGAAAUAAAACAGAUGAUUGCAGCUAAUGUGCUCUCUAAGGAAGAGUUUCCUGACUUUGAUGAGGAGACCGGGAUUCUUCCUAAAGUUGAUGAUGAAGAAGAUGAGGAUCUUGAGAUUGAGUUAGUUGAAGAAGAGCCACCAUUCCUUCGAGGUCAUACUAAACAAAGCAUGGAUAUGAGUCCUAUCAAAAUAGUAAAGAAUCCGGAUGGUUCCUUGUCCCAGGCUGCAAUGAUGCAGAGUGCUUUAGCUAAAGAAAGACGAGAACUUAAACAAGCACAAAGAGAAGCAGAGAUGGAUUCUAUUCCCAUGGGUCUCAACACACACUGGGUGGAUCCUCUCCCUGAUGUGGAUGGAAGACAAAUAGCCGCAAACAUGCGAGGUAUUGGGAUGAUGCCAAAUGAUAUCCCAGAGUGGAAGAAACAUGCAUUUGGUGGCAACAAAGCCUCAUAUGGUAAGAAGACACAGCUCUCUAUCAUUGAGCAGAGAGAGAGUCUCCCAAUCUUCAGACUGAAGGAGCAGCUGAUACAAGCUGUGCAUGACAACCAGAUUCUGAUUGUAAUUGGAGAGACGGGGUCUGGGAAGACAACCCAGAUUACCCAAUACCUGGCUGAGGCGGGAUAUACAUCAAGAGGAAAGAUCGGAUGUACUCAGCCUCGCAGAGUGGCCGCAAUGUCUGUUGCAAAGAGGGUGUCAGAGGAGUUCGGUUGCUGUUUGGGACAAGAGGUUGGCUACACCAUUCGAUUUGAAGACUGCACUAGCCCUGAAACUGUCAUCAAAUACAUGACAGAUGGUAUGUUACUGAGGGAGUGCUUGAUAGAUCCUGAUCUGACCCAGUAUGCCAUUAUCAUGCUAGAUGAAGCCCAUGAGAGGACAAUUCAUACAGAUGUGCUCUUUGGACUCCUGAAGAAGACGGUGCAGAAACGGCAGGAUAUGAAGUUGAUAGUGACAUCAGCGACACUGGAUGCUGUCAAAUUCUCUCAAUAUUUCUAUGAAGCUCCAAUCUUCACAAUUCCUGGCAGAACAUACCCAGUAGAAAUCCUGUACACAAAAGAGCCAGAGACAGAUUAUUUGGAUGCUAGUCUAAUUACAGUAAUGCAGAUCCACUUAACAGAGCCACCAGGUGACAUUUUGGUGUUUCUAACUGGUCAAGAAGAGAUUGACACUGCCUGUGAGAUCCUCUAUGAGAGGAUGAAAUCUCUAGGACCUGAUGUUCCAGAGUUAAUUAUCCUGCCAGUAUAUUCAGCCUUACCCAGUGAAAUGCAAACCAGGAUCUUUGACCCAGCCCCACCAGGGAGCAGAAAGGUUGUCAUUGCCACUAACAUUGCUGAGACGUCGCUUACUAUUGAUGGAAUAUAUUAUGUGGUUGAUCCUGGCUUUGUGAAGCAGAAAGUUUACAACUCCAAGACUGGAAUCGACCAGCUGGUUGUUACACCAAUUUCACAGGCUCAAGCAAAGCAGCGAGCAGGAAGAGCUGGGAGAACGGGGCCAGGAAAAUGCUAUAGGCUGUAUACAGAGCGUGCCUAUCGAGAUGAAAUGCUAACUACCAAUGUUCCUGAAAUCCAGAGAACAAAUUUGGCCAGUACAGUACUCUCCCUGAAGGCCAUGGGCAUCAAUGAUUUGCUCUCCUUUGACUUUAUGGAUGCUCCCCCAAUGGAAACGCUCAUAACUGCCAUGGAGCAGCUGUACACUCUGGGAGCUCUGGAUGAUGAAGGACUACUCACUCGACUUGGGCGCAGGAUGGCAGAAUUCCCCUUGGAGCCUAUGUUGUGCAAGAUGUUGAUCAUGUCUGUACAUCUGGGAUGCAGCGAGGAAAUGCUGACAAUAGUCUCCAUGCUGUCUGUACAGAAUGUGUUCUACAGGCCAAAGGAUAAACAAGCACUUGCUGAUCAAAAGAAAGCCAAGUUCCACCAGACAGAAGGAGACCACCUCACUCUGCUGGCUGUCUACAAUUCCUGGAAGAACAAUAAGUUUUCAAAUCCCUGGUGCUAUGAAAAUUUUAUCCAAGCCCGGUCCUUACGCAGGGCACAGGACAUCCGCAAGCAAAUGUUGGGCAUUAUGGACAGACACAAGCUGGAUGUGGUGUCCUGUGGCAAGGCAACAGUUCGAGUCCAGAAGGCCAUCUGCAGCGGCUUCUUCCGAAAUGCUGCAAAGAAGGAUCCCCAGGAGGGUUAUCGGACGCUCAUUGACCAACAGGUGGUCUAUAUCCACCCAUCCAGUGCUCUCUUCAACAGACAACCGGAAUGGGUGGUGUAUCAUGAGCUAGUGCUGACCACCAAGGAGUACAUGCGUGAAGUGACAACUAUUGAUCCACGCUGGCUGGUGGAAUUUGCACCAGCAUUCUUCAAGGUUUCUGAUCCAACCAAACUGAGCAAACAGAAAAAGCAGCAGCGGCUUGAACCCCUCUACAAUCGCUAUGAGGAGCCCAACGCUUGGAGGAUAUCACGUGCAUUCAGACGGCGAUGAGCCUAGUUCCCCCCUAGACCGUUACUGGUUUUAUAUUUGUGGGACUGUGAUUUCGCAGGGUUCAGUGUCCUUUCUUCUGGGACUCUUGCAGCUGAAGCUUACCUACAAAAUGAAAAGUCAUUUCAGAGCAAAAGCGCAAGGGGGCGAUGCUUGCUUAUGUCAGUUGCCCCUCAGAUUCUACAGCUGCAUGACAAAUGUCCUGGGGCUCCUCAGUGUAUUGCAUCAUUUCAGGAAUGGUUCUUGAAACACUUUUUUAGUCAUUCUCCUUUUUUAGAGAGAAGAUCUUAAGACUCAGAAAUCUGGGCACUGAGCAGAACAGCAACAAAAAGACGGUGAUUAAGAAACAGUUGUUCACCAACCUAACUGCUCUGAAUGACCGAAUAAAAAUUUGUUCCUUUACCCUGCAAAAAAGGAUUUAUUUCAAUUUAUGCUCUUGGACAGUGGCCGUUUUUUGGGAGGUGCUUAUCCUCAGUUUUUCCUUUUUUAUGCAUUUUUCUGGUCCCUGUAACUACUUGUCUCUUGCGCAAGCCAUCUGCAGUGAGCUAUUUAGUAUCUGUGGCUUUGGAAUAAUACAGGAAAGAUCCCUUGAAACCCGGCUAGAAUGUCUGUUAUACUUGGACAAUGGCACAGGUCAGACUGCAAGCCUUAUCCUUCAUCACCAUCUCCUGUGUGCUGAAGGCUAGUAUAUCAAAUGGUAAUUAACCACAUCCACUCUGCAGCACGGCUCUGGCUAUGAACAUAAGUGGUUACAGAUGUUUAGACUUUCUCUACAAUGUGUCGUGUUCUAUUUCCACUUACAAUGUUUGAUGACAUCACAACUGUUGUGUGUUUUUUUUUCUUUUAAUAGAAUGUUCUCUUACAGCUGAAAUGUCUGUAAAACAUGGUGUAACAGUUCCCUCUUGAAAAACAGAUUUGACGAUCCAGUGUGUUUUAUGUCAUGCUGAAGCUAUGCGUAAAUUAUAUUUUUCUGUUGCAAACAGAUGAAAAUUAUUUGACUCCA